AUGAAUAGAUUCCGAAUAUUUUUUCGCCCAACUUUGUGUGCCUCGUAUCAUUUUCGCUCUGCCUCUAACUUUUCUAGCUCAUCAUCGACAUGGUUUGCUGGAAGCGCUCCUCGGACAGACCUCACAACUCCUUCGGCACACCUUACUAAUCCUUCAGCUUCUAUUAACCGGUUUUAUACUCUUCCUGGAGACAUAGCAUCUCGAGUGAUUUCUCCUUUUCUUACACAGGAGCACUUAAAUGAGCUCAAACUUUUUGAUGACUUUUCUCUCCUUGUUCGCAAACCCGCCCUUGACGUAAUGGCUUGCAUGGAAUCUUCCAAGCUAAUAAAUUCGGUUCCUAGAUUUGUUCUCCACGGUCAACCUGGUUGUGGUAUAUCAGUUCAGCUUGCGUACCUUGCUCACUAUGCUACUGAAAAGAAGGGACUUAUUUUCGCCUUUCCUAAUGCUGAAAAUUGGCUCGAUAGGUGCAGUGACUUUACAGCAAGCAAUAACUAUCAUCAAGAACAACAUAAGAACGAAUUUGAAGGUGAAGCAGUUGAUUUUCCGAGUCGAUCCGCCGAGUGGCUAAAGAGCUUUGUUAAAUUAAACUCUUCUAAUCUUGAAAAGAUCAACCCUCAACUGACAAAACAAGUCGAAUGGUCCCUUAAGGAUGUAGCUCCGGUAGGAACUCCAUGGAUCGAACUGAUUGAUUUCGCUCUAACGAGAACAAAGUAUUCUUCAGAUUGCAUUGGUAUUCUGCUUCGUGAGAUGCGUGCCCUUUCGGCUAGUGAACAUGCAGUUCCCUGUUAUCUCAUAAUCGAUGGUGUGAACUUCCUCUGGUGUCGUGGAACUCGAAUGCAGGACAAGGUAAUGCUGAAGAAGGUGGCAGUUGACCGCCUGGCCAUUGUGCAUCACCUGAGACGAGCUUUGAAAGGUGAUUGGCCUAAAGGCGGAAUUAUAACUUCAGUCAAUGAACGCGCCUCCUGGCCUUCGGAUCGGGAGCAUCACACCCCAGGUUACUUACUUACGAAACGUGGUUUCGAAACAAUGGAUCCUUUUGUUCCUGUACUGGUGCCGAACUACACAAAUAGCGAACUGGAUGCUGUUAUGCAUUUCUACGCAGAGCACAACUGGUUCUCGAAUCCGUCUGCCAUGGAAUCGGAUGGUCGAGCAGAGAUUGUUUUCCUCUCCGAUAAGAAUCCACGAGAAUUGGCUAGAGUUUCUGCAGAGUGGUAA